AUGGCAACAGAUCAAGAUCCCACUACUAUCUCAUGGAGAGAUCCUGACUGGAUAUCUGUCCAACCUGGUGGAUUAAACACAGAAAAUGUUCUCGAUUAUUUUGCUGGAUCUCCUUUCUGGGAUCCUCUAUGUAACAACAACAUUCUCAAAAUGCAAACUAAAUAUAAUGACUUGAAAGAUUUUAACCUAGAUUUGAAGAAAAUGACUGGAAUUGAAUAUGAAGCUGCACACGAACGACCACCAGCUCUGUGGGUUAUACGCAAACAGCACCGCACAAGUGAACAAUAUGCAGAGCCACUCGCUACUUAUUAUAUUCUAAAUACUAAUAUAUUCCAAGCACCAGAUCUACAUUCAAUAUUGGGCAGUCGUAUACUUGCAAGUCACUUUUGUCUGCAAACAGCAUUCAAAGAAGCAUAUAAACGAGUAGAAUUUCAUCCAGCAACAGGGUAUACAUGGAGAACGGAAGACAUGUCUCAGAAGACUGAGGAUGAUGCUCAAAAAUCUCGUGUGUUACAUCAGGUUUCAGCAGAAUUAAGGGAUUUCCAACUUGGUGUUACGCGAGCGAUAGAAAGUACAAGUAGGAAAAUGAAUCAAUUUCAUCAGAUUGCACUGUCACCUCAGGUGGAUGAGGGUGAAGCAAAUUUUCAUCCUGAAGGCAUGACAUCAGAUGAUACUGGGAAGGGUGAUCAAGGGCAAACUGGAUCUACAUUGCCAGGUGAGCCUAUCUGGAUACUUGAUUAG